AUGUCCAACCCAAUUAUUUACGAUAUUUCAAACAUUCAAAAUGUUUUAGUCAACUCGUCUUUUGAGGUGAUUAAGAUGCUUCCUUUUAAAGUAGUCGUACCUGUAAAAGCUAAAUAUAUUUUUGGAGAAACGCGUCAGUGCCAUCGUGCGGGCAUAUAUAUACCAGAGCGAGAUUCACGCCCUGCACAAAAAGAAUCAAAGGCAUGCGGAUGUAAUGGAGCUUUGAAAAUAAAGCAGUUCAAAAAGUCUCCUACUAUUGUUACGUUCUGUAUGACAAGGGACCAUAACAAUCAUGUUCCUGGAGACAGAUCAGAGAUUAGAACUUUGCCCUUGCCUUUUGAAGCUAUUAAAUUGAUUGAAGAUCAACUGAGAAGUGAAGCAGCUGUAGAAGCACAAGAAUAUCUGUCCUUCGACAGAUUGACAGCUGGGAUGACAAAUUUGUUGUAUAUGUUCAACUCUGAUGAGAAGGCAUCUAUUGCUAUCUGGAUGAAUGAGAAAUUGCCAGAAAGAAGUUAUUGCAUUUUUACCGGAGACCUUCGUGUUAACAACAUUGAAAGCAAUCUUUUCGCCUUUGGCUUUCAAUCGCCUGUCCAAGUGAGAGUUACGAGAAUAGCCACAUCAUUCUGCCUUGACGCUACUCAUGGCAUAUCAGCAAGAAGUGGAGAGGUCAUGUACUCUUUAGUGACUCAACACAACGUAACUGGAAAAGGGUUUCCUGUUGCUUACAUGGUUACAAAUGACCAGACAGUCAGGCCGAUCAGCCAAUGGCCUAUGCAUCUUUGUGAGAGAAGCUACUUCCGUCCUUUGAAUAUCACCAUUGACUGUAGUAUUCCCGAAGUUAAUGCGAUUACAUCUGCAUUUCCUCACGUUGCAAUUCACUAUUGUGAAUUCCAUAUUCUUCGUGCUUGGCAAACAAACCUCGACAACAAAGUAAGGCUUGAUGCGUCAUUUACAUCAGCCCAGCUGGCAGCAUACAAGCAGGAGUUAAAGAACAAGCUGAAGUAUAUCUUGAUGGAGUCGAACGAAGAAGUAUUUUUGACGAGAAUCCUUGACUUCAAACGCGAUAUACCCGACCAGUUACACUUCUUGAGAUACUUCGAAACACGAUGGAAUGGAAGCGAAGUAUUGCUUAAAAGAUGGGGGCGCCCUUAUGUCGAUGACUCACAUAGAAGAUAUUUGACGAAUAACUACAUCGAGUCAUGGCAUAACCAGCUCAAGACCAUCUACUUUGGCCGUGCUAGAAUCAGAAGACUGGAUCGCCUUGUGUUUGACCUUACGAACGAUGUAGAGUAUUUCUACGAACAAGAAGUGGAUUGUAUUCACUUAAACAAUGGAAAGAUGGGACCGUCUAUCACUGUUGUAAAUGAUUUAAUCGAAUGCUGUUCGUGUCCCAGAUACAUCUCUCGACAAGUGCCUUGCAAGCAUGCAUUUCUUCUCAAAAGAUACCGUAAGAUUAACGUCUUAUAUACAAUUCAAAAAGAUGCCAAUCACUUGGCAAUGCAAAGACCAGCAGUGUUAGCUAAAGAAGAAGAAGAAGUUGUGAUUGUUGACGAAGAAGACAGUAGAGAAGAUGCUGUAGGUGCUCAAAAUGAUGUUGAUACGUCUAUUACAGACCUUACUUCAUCAUCAAAGACUCGAUCUCGAACACAUGCGAACGAUUUCUGA